CCCGCCUCUCCGUCCUUUCCUCCCCUCCUCCGCUAUUGGAACGACUCUCUCCCUAUUCCAGUACCCACUAUACUUCCUCUUCCAUUUUAUUAUCUGCUUCCUUGUUUCCCAAUUAUUCCCCAACCCGACCGGUAGCAGGUUAUUCUAAUCACGACUUGGGAGAAAGGGGGAACUGUGGACGUGUGUGUUCCAGCUCAUCCGUCAUGGCGUCCCAAACCCCAGCCGUUGUCAUGGACAACGGUACUGGAUACUCUAAGUUAGGUUUUGCCGGUAACGACUCGCCUUCAUUUGUCUUCCCUACCGCAAUUGCUACCAAAUCUGGUGCUGGAAGCACCAAGCCUCCUGUUGCGAACAAACCCGGGUUCUUGUCUGCAGGUGGUGGGGCAAGCUCACACUUGUCUUCGAAGCGUGGGACAGAAGACCUGGAUUUCUUCAUCGGCGAUGAAGCUCUAGCUGCUGCCAAUGGUCCCGGAUAUGGAAUCAAUUACCCCAUCCGACAUGGUCAGAUUGAGAAUUGGGAUCACAUGGAACGGUUCUGGUCGAACUCGAUCUUCAAGUACCUGCGCGUCGAGCCGGAGGACCACUACUUUUUACUCACUGAACCUCCCCUGAACCCUCCCGAGAACCGUGAGAACACUGCGGAGAUCAUGUUCGAGUCGUUCAACUGCGCUGGUCUUUACAUUGCGGUUCAAGCCGUGCUUGCCCUCGCUGCCUCGUGGACUUCUUCUAAAGUGACCGAUCGAUCCCUUACAGGAACCGUUAUUGACUCGGGUGAUGGUGUUACCCAUGUCAUUCCCGUUGCGGAAGGCUACGUCAUCGGAUCCUCUAUCAAAAGCAUACCCAUUGCCGGUCGAGACAUCACGUAUUUCGUACAAAGUUUGCUUCGUGACCGAGGCGAGCCCGAUAGCAGCUUAAAGACUGCCGAGAAGGUCAAGGAGGAAUAUUGUUACGUGUGUCCGGACAUUGUCAAGGAAUUUGCCCGCUAUGAUCGCGAGCCGGAUCGACUUCUCAAGCAUACCGUCACCUCGCCCAACGGCCGGUCCGUGAACAUCGAUGUCGGAUAUGAGCGUUUCCUUGCUCCCGAGAUCUUCUUCAACCCUGAAAUCUACUCUUCCGACUUUCUGACUCCCCUGCCCAAUGUCGUCGACGGUGUCAUCCAGUCCUCUCCUAUCGAUGUUCGGAGAGGCCUUUAUAAGAACAUUGUCUUGUCCGGAGGAUCUACGCUAUACAAAGACUUUGGUCGGCGUUUGCAGCGUGAUAUCAGGCACCUGGUCGAUGCUCGCAUUCGCGCGUCCGAAGCUCGCAGUGGUGGCGCCAGGAGUGGUGGUUUGGAUGUGGCCGUUGUGACGCACAAGAGGCAGAGACAUGGUCCAUGGUUUGGAGGUAGCUUGUUGGGUCAGACCCCGGAGUUCCGCAGCUACUGCCACACCAAGGCAGAGUACGAUGAGAUAGGCCCCAGCAUUGUCCGGAGGUUUGCCCUUCUCGGAGGGCCGGGCAGCUCGUAAAUAGAGGAGAUUAGUUGUCAGUGUGUCCAUUAGCUCUUUGUCAAUAGUUUUCUUUUCUUUUACGAUGUUCCACAGCCCAUCUCAAUCUGACGCUGCGCGUUUUCAUGUAGCUGGAUAGACCAGAGGGCAAAGUCCCGACCUGAUGCUCACCCCCAAUGUAUAUACAUAUACACCUGACCCUCAUGAGGGAGCCUUUUUUCUGGAUACUCACGUAUGAAUAAAAGUGAAAACGUCCAACGUCUACCACUGCCUGGUACCUCCUCCCACGACGACCUAGCUUCAACAUUUCGCCAUCGCCAAAGUCAAGAACAGUGGGCUGUAAAGAGAGCAAUGUAAAGAGCAUUUAAGCAUUGGAAAAAUUCACCGCAACGAACUUAACGUUAUCUGCCUAUCUAUACCGACAAUCCGCAGAAUACUACCGACAGCCCAUUUACAUCACCCGGUACAUACCCCGUAAGUUAAGCUGUUACAGUAAAUGGGCUGUUCGUACUUAGUAAUAUCUCUUCACAUGCGUGUAUUAGAUGAGGUCUCACACUGAAAUGAAAC